UAUAUAUAUAUAUAUAUAUAUAUGUCAUAUGUGUGUACUUGUGUGCUUGUGUGCAACUGGGAAAUUAUGUAGGAUACAAAUGUAAUUCAAUCAUUUGAAAGACACAUAUCCUUGCAUAUAAAAAGUAAACAUGAAUUAGAAGAACACAAUAUAUAGAUCUAUAUCAUCUAAAAAUUUUCAUUGAAUUAUCAAUUAUUGAUUGGGAUUAGAUGAAAUUCAUUCAUUAGACAUUCAUUCAUAAGUUCCUUCAGUAAAACAAACAAACAACAAAAUGGAAAAUGGAGAAGAUGAAGAUGAAGAAGAUAUUUCUGAAGGUUCAUUUUAUCAAACACAAUUACAAACAGUACAAUUAAGAAAUAAAUUAGUAAAUCAACAAUCAGGUAGUCGUGCACCAACAUUGACUAUAGAUGUUGUACGUGUUCAUAGACCAUUAAAAAUUUUAGGUUUAUUAUUAUCAUUAUUAAGUAUAUUAUUAUUUAUUAUUGGUUCAGUCAGUACAUCAUGGAUAUAUAUUGAUUUUAAAUCGAUUGCUUUAUUUCAACAAUGUGAUAGUUUAUUAAAACAAUCAAAGGAUCAUCAUAAUGGAUUAAAUGAGAUUGAAAAAGUUUGUCAAUUUCGUGAUUUCUUAAAUAUUAAAGUACUUAUCAUUAUUAUCUUAGAUUUGAUUGGACUGAUCUUAGCAAUAAUUGGAAGUUGUUUACUAUUAAGUGGGAUAUUCUCAUUGAAUAUUAAACGUAAAGGUAUAUUUUAUCAUAUAUCAAUUGUAUUGCAUAUACUUUCUGGUAUCACAAUAUUAUCUGCAUUAAUUACCUUGGUGAUUGAAUGUAUUCAUGAAGCAAAUCCAAAUUCAUCAUUAAAGAAUCAAUCAACUAUUACAGUUGGUUGGUCAUUGAUUAUUGUUUGUUGUGGAAUAUUUAUACUUGGUAUAUCAGUUUGUCUUGUUUUAUUUGAUAAAGGUGGUGAAGAAAUUGAAUAUCGUGAAACAAUUCAUCGAUCAUCAAAUUAUAUAGGAGAUUCAUAGAAAGAUAAAGAUAGAAGAAGUAACCAGGAAAGAAAAACAAAUGAUAUGAAAUAGGGAUAGAGUCAUUCAAGUGAAUAAGUAUCUAACUAACUAUAGUGCAUAGAAAUACUGAUUUUUGCUUUUCUUUAGACAAAACAGGCACAAAACACAUAUACAUACAUACAUUAUAGAUUUGUGUACACACACCACAACAUAUAUGUUGUCUUAAUUUGUAUUCAGAUCAUAUUGAAUUGGUCAAUUAGUAUCAAAUGUUCUUUGUUUUUUUUUAUUCUGAAUAUUCUAUAGGAAUUUUGUAACUACAAUUGGUCUCAGUUGACUAUAACCAUUCACCAAUAGCAUAUCUGUUUACUUGAAAUGUGUUGGCACAAGGAAAAGAAAAGAAAAAAGAACCGUGAAAUAAAUUUUAUCUUCUUUAGCCUUUUCUUAUAUAAAAAUUUAUAUUCUUAACAUGAUAUAGAAACGUUGAAGUGUAGUUAAGUUGGUAGACUGAUUGAAUCAUUUAUUGAGUUAUUUAAUAAAGGUUUGUCAAUAUGGUUCUUCUCUCUCUCUCUC